UAAAAACAAAGUUAUAUCUUUUUGUAGGAAAAUGCUUUGCCAUGCCUAUCGAUAUCUGGUACCUUCCCAUGCAACUUCCUCGAAAGACAACUUUCUCUCUCCCUCUCUCUCUCUUUCUCUCUCUCUCAGUUUUCAACAUGGCUUCGAAUUAUUAUACAGAGAGCAAAAUGCCGGCAAGCAACAACCUCUUCCACCAAAACUAAUUAAGCUUUCUCUUAUCUGUACCUUUGUUGUCAUUCACAGCUACCUCUCCUUCCUCGAAAAUUUCCCUCCAUUCCUUCUUUAAUUCUUCUUCAUCUCUUUCAUAUUUAUAUACAUGUAUAUAUAUACACUAGUCGUCCACCACCGAGCCACCAAUCCACCAAACAAUUCUAGAUCGCGAUUUACGUGCUUUUAUCGUCUUGGGUAUGGCUUUCAGAAAUGGGGUUAUGUUCGAAGAUUUCUUUCCAGCCAUGGUGGAGAAGUUGGGAGCUGAAGGGUUUAUGAAGGAGCUCUGCAACGGGUUCCGGUUGUUAAUGGAUAGAGAGAAGGGCGUGAUCACGUGCGAAAGCCUGAAAAGGAACUCGGUUCUGCUUGGUUUGGAAGGCAUAAGCGAUGAAGAGGUGAUGUGCAUGGUUAACGAAGGUGAUUUGGAUGGCGAUGGAACUUUGAAUGAGAUGGAGUUUUGUACUCUCAUGUUUAGGUUGAGUCCUGCUUUGAUGCAAAGUUCCAAAGAAUUGCUUGAGGAAGCCAUUAUUAGUGAAAUGUAGUCUUUCUUCUUCUUUUCUUUUUCUUUUUUUUUUAAAUUUUUUUUUUCUUUUUGGGUAAGGUCUAUAUAUAUGUGUGUUAUGCUAGGGCAUGAUCUUUUCUUUUUCACUAGUCCUUACCUUUUCUACUUUGUAUUCGAGCUUAAUUAUCAUUUUAUUACUUUUUUUUUUCUCCCUCUCUUAAAUCAAAAUAAAUAGGUGUUGAAAAAAAAAGAAGAAAAAGAUUAUCUACC